GUCUGAAAGUUGACUUGAGCAUAAGCAGUGAGAUGUUUUGCCAUUUGGGGGCUGUGAGGAGGUUGUGUCUGGAGAAAAUAUUGCUACAGUGGGUUCUUCAGACAAGACCUUUGUCAGGUGCUGAAGCCGUCAAUGCUCUCAGACCUUUCUAUUUUGCUGUGCAUCCAGAUUUCUUUGGCCAGCAUCCCAGAGAAAGGGAAAUCAAUGAAAACUCUCUUAAGAGGUUAAAUGGCUAUUUGGAGAAUCUCCAGAAACCAGGAUUUAAGUCUUUUAAGCCAACUCAACUCACUUUUUAUGUGAGAGAGAGAGAACAAAACUCUUCUGAUGUCCAAGAAUCCUUCAGUGCUGCAGGUUUUCGAGCCGUCAGUUUUACUUUGCACACCAGGGACUUAUUAAGCACAGUAUUGGACAUUCUCAACUCCUGCAGCUUAUCUACUGAGCAUGUCCAAAGCGUGAACUCUCAGCCUCACAAAGAAGUAAAAGGGACGUUUUACAGGCCUAUCAAAUGGGACAAGACUUACUACUCAUUUACUGGAUUCAAGGAUCCUGAGGAAGAACUAGAACAAGCCCAGAGGGUGGAAAUUACUCUAAUCUCCUGGUUAGAUAAUAGUGAAAAAAGUGCAAUAAAGAAGCUGAGAAAGAGCUUACCACUUAGGGAAGAACUAAACCGUUUAAAAGAUGAACUCAUUCAUCAGCUACAGCUCUCUGAUAUCAGGUGGCAAAGAAGCUGGGGUAUUGCCCAUCGUUGUAGCCAGCUACACAGUCUAGGUCGUUUAGCUCAGCAGAGCCCAGAAGUAUUAAGGAACGUUAAAGGACACACAGUAGUAUUCACGGACUGUUCAGGUAUGAGUGCAACAGGCCAUGUCAUGCUAGGCACAAUGGAUGUUCACCACCACUGGAUCAAAAUUUUUGAGAGAUUGCCUAGCUAUUAUAAACUUCAAAAGAAGAUGCUGCUUUUGGAGGACCGUAUAAGUCAUCUUCUAGGAGGCAUACAAAUAACAUACAUUGAAGAGCUGCAACCACUGUUAACUCUUGAAGAGUAUUACACCACUCUUGAUGCUUUCUAUAAUAGAUUGCUUAACAGUAAACUAUCUUUUCACCCUCGUAGUCUGCGUGGCUUGCAAAUGAUUCUAGAAAGUGAUAGGUAUGCUCCAAACUUGCAUGAACUUGGGCAUUUUAACAUCCCAACAAUGUGUGAUCUAGCAACCCUUCAGUGGUUUAUUAUUACCAAAGCACAGCAAGCAAGAGAGAAUCUGAAAAGAAAGGAAGAGUUGACAGUGAUGGAAAAAGAGCUAAUCAGUGCUUCCACUGAAAAAUUUUCUCUGAAACAGCUGUAUAAGGAACCAAGUAUUUCCCAUGCACAGAUGAUAGAUUGUUGUAAGCGACUGCUGGAAGAAUCGCUCCCAUACCUGCAAGGCAUGCACCUCUGCAUUUCACACUUUUACUCAGUGUUGCAAGAUGGAGACCUCUGUAUCCCUUGGAACUGGAAAAGCUGA